AUGUCUUCCGCAUUCAAUACGGCCUCUACCUCUGUCGACGCUUUUCGCUCACAGGAAUUCGAUGACAGCUUGGGCCUGAACCACAACUAUCUCCCCACCACCCCGUUCGAUCCUCACAACCCUUCGCCCUUCAACCAUUCACAAACUCUUAGCAACUCUGCUAGUCCUUCAUAUACUCCUGGCGAGUCUGAGUAUAGCGACUAUCAACCAAGCGAGUUCAUCGAGGACCCUUUCUUUGGCGUCAACUUCGACGCUGGGGUACCCCGAGUAGACUCUAUUCCACAAGACCCUAUACUUGGCAACGUCGCAUACCCUUCGAGCGACCUCAAUCGUCCUCUGCCAGACCUUCCAGAUUCCACGGAAGACAAAGCACCCACCUCUGCGACCUCCACGAGUUACCCUCUCAGUCCAGUCCACAGCAACAUAGCAAAUACUCCCUCUCCAAGGGUCGGUGCCAAUGACAUAAAAAGCAGGACAACUAUAUCACAGCACGAGCUGACGACCGACUUGCACAAUUCACGCUUCCCAAACUUCAAUCCACAUACACAAUCCGCUGUGCUGCAGUUGACUCCUGACAACAGCGGCAGUAGUCAUACAAGUGCUGAAGGGUUUGAGCCCAGUGCUCUGUCACAAGUAGAGAAUAGCCCAAGUGUUAUGGCAUCUCAGUGGGGAAAUGCGCCGCAAGGCGGCCAAUCAAGGAACUUCAUGCAGUCGAGCGGGCAGUACCGCGGGACCAACUUCAAUGAUUUCGGUGGGCAACUUCCAAGCAUUAAAAGCGAAGGCCUGGAUAACAGCCAAAUUUUGCGUAACGAAGACGGUACUUGGAGAACAAAUGAGAGUGGACCACUUGGAUUGAAUCCCGACACUCGGAGAGACUUAGACGACGAGCCCAUAGAGACUCUGGACGAGCAGACCGAAAGACUUCGGAUUGCCAACAAAAAUCGCGAAAUUGAAGACUGGAAAUCUCAAACUGGUGGUAGCAGUGAUGUUGGAGACGAGCUGCCUAGUCGAUCCUUCCUUCCUAGCAACGAUCCCAAUGACCAACGUGGACCUGUAGUAGACCGGCGAACAUCAGAAGAGAAGAACAACAACAUACCACCUGUGGAAGAUGGCGUUAGUGUUCACGAAAAUCAAUUGAUCGAAGGGCAAACAUAUUUCAACUUCAGCGACCCCAAUGUCUCAGAUGCCGAUAGGAAUCUUCUCAUGAGCCAAGCUCGACUUUGGGAUGAUGCGCCAACAUUCCCAUAUAUUACUACAACUACAUUUCAACCGGGAACCGCCAAUGACGCUAUCAUGCGCUUCAACAGGCAUUCCGAUACCAUGUCUAUUGCUUCACGAGCCGCAACCUGGGGUACACGGCGACGUAGCGCCCCCAGUUUGGCAGACAUCGAAGGUAUUGCGGAUGGUAGCUUCAUCAAAAAAUUGGCCAUCACUAAACCUAAGGAAGAAACUCGACCUCGCCAAAACAGUCUUCUGGAUACCUUAACCGGGGCUCUGAGCCGCCGAGGGAGUAACAGACAACUCAAGCGUUCACGCAGCUCUCAAAACAUCCCAGAAGAGACUGAGGAGCCGCCGCAUCCUCGACAAAAUAGCCAGGGCAGCCUGACAGUGCCCAAACGAACAUUGAGCUUCGGCCGAAAACCAACACCAAGCAUCAAUAAUGCAUUGGAAGCCAUGGUUGGUACUAUGGCCGGUCCUCUUGCUGGGACUGCACAUACUCGGAACAACUCGAUCAGUGGCGGUGUCACCUCUCCCAAAAGUCCCCACCUUGGCUUUCCAAGAUCAUUCAUGCCUCGUCACAGGAGCAAGAGCGAUCUUUCACAGGAUAGAACUGCUCAAACAGGUCUGGUGGGCCUUCUUAGAACCCAUGGAGGUCCACCUGUCGCUGUCCUGGCAGCCGUGCAACAGCCAGAUCUUGAGGAUGAGGAUGAGGAAGACGACGACGCGGUUGAUGAUGGUGAUAUGAAAGUGGACUCUGAUCAACAAGCAGAAGCCAUUGUACCUAACUACGAAGGCUUCAAAGCUCACGUGCGACGACUGAACCCCGACAUGGAGUCACGAUUUAACUGGCUGGUGAGCAGAAUUGCACAUCAACAAGAAAUUCGUUAUAAGAAUCUUCUUGAGCUGAGGGUUAAGCACUCCCAAGCCAUCAAUGCUCGUACAUGCUCUGCUGGCCGUCAUUGUCUGGCUUUAGGAGGAUCUGUCACACUCACGGAUGCCAAGGGUAACCCUCGGGAGCCUGCUUCGGGCAAUCUACAACUAGUGACCGAAUUCUCCGACAACGACUCAAAUCCUGGAGAGGGUGCUCUUACAGACGAAACUUUUCCACAAGGUGUCCCUAUGCCACCUACGCGAAAUCUUCCAGCUGAAUUCGAAUGCCAAUUGUGCUUCAAAGCAAAAAAGUUCCAAAAGCCAUCAGACUGGACGAAGCAUGUACACGAGGAUGUACAGCCGUUUACCUGUACAUAUGAUAAAUGCAAGGAGCCAAAGUCGUUCAAGAGAAAGGCAGACUGGGUCCGUCACGAAAAUGAGCGUCAUCGUCACCUGGAAUGGUGGGUCUGUCAAGUGGAUGACUGCAGACAUCCGUGCUAUCGGAAAGACAACUUUCUCCAGCAUCUUGUUCGCGAGCACAAGUUACCUGAACCAAAGCAGAAGACCAAAGCAGCAAUCAAGAAAGCGCGCUUGACUGAGCCGGCUUGGAUAAUGUUGGAGAAGUGCCACCACGAAACAACGAACAGACCACAAGAUGAGCCUUGCAAGUUUUGUGGAAAGCAAUUCCCAACUUGGAAGAAGCUUACCGUGCAUCUGGCCAAGCAUAUGGAACACCUCAGUCUCCCUAUUCUCAAGCUGGUAGAUGCCAGAAGUGUAGAUGCAAACACGAUUAUCAGUCCGGUUGAGCAGAUCCUCACUCCGAUCACACCCGGCAGUGGGAUUCCGAAGAACGAAUUUUCUCCAAGCCCUCCUUUCCUUCACGGCAUAUCUCCCCACAUGGCGAACCAGUAUGGCCCAAGGGCUUUCGACCAACCGGCUUACUACCCCACAACUGGUCCU